UUGCAUUGCCGCUUCGCUGUGGGUGCGUCGUCCAUUGUGUGUGUGACUUUCGUUUCGAACGUUUUCGCGCCGCUGUGACCGCUGUCGAACUAAAUAAAAUAAACGUUUUUGAACUAUUGUGAAUUGGAAUUUUGUGAGUUUUCUUUUAGUCGUCACACGAUGCAGCGAUAGCAACCAGAUGGCGCAUAAAACAGUGACUCAAACCAUAAGAAAAAACAGAAAUGCCGAGUGAAAGUUCCGAUUUCAAAAGUGUAGUGAUGUGCUGACGUUAUCGAUAUUCGUCAAGAUGGAUUUGGAUAAUCUGACUGUGGUGGUGAACUCGACGGCGACGAUCUCUUAUCCGAGAGAAGCGACCAUUUUGGCGGCCGUGUGUGCGUGUAUCUUCAGCGUAGUGGGAGUUGUUGGCAACUUUGUCACAACCGUGGCCCUCCUCAUGCACCCUAAACUCCGGACCCACGUCACGACCAUGUUCGUGCUCUCCCUCUGCGUGUCAGAUCUGAUGUUCUGCGCAAUAAACCUACCACUGACUGCGCGGAGGUUUAUACGAGCAGAUUGGGGGUUAGGCGAGCAGCUGUGUCAGAUGUUCGCUUUCGUGUUCUACGGGAAUGAAGCAGUUUCGCUACUGUCAAUGGUGGCUAUUACAAUAAACAGAUACACUCUGAUCGCGUACUAUGACAUGUACGCCUCCAUCUACACCACCACCAAGAUCUGGGUGCAGUUACUACUCAUCUGGAUUGUGUCCUUCGGUCUCAUGGUUCCCCCACUGCUGGGCAUCUGGGGCACUCUGGGGCUCGACAAAAAAACCUUCUCCUGCACUAUUCUCUCCGACGAGGCCGGACACUCUCCUAAAAAGUACCUAUUUGUCUUUGGUUUCGCGCUGCCGUGCCUCGUGAUCAUUGUGUCCUACUCUUGCAUAUACUGGCGAGUGCGGGAGAGCAAGAGAAAGCUAGAGGGCCGAAGGUGUGUAUGUGGCAAACUCAGCGGCCAAACAGCUAAAGAAAAAGAAGAAGACUCCCGCCUAACAACUCUCAUGCUGACAAUUUUCCUCUGUUUCCUCGCCUGCUUCCUCCCAUUAAUGAUCAUGAACGUAGCAGACGACAGAAUAAAAUACCCAUGGCUUCAUAUAAUAGCCUCCAUUCUCGCCUGGGCGUCGAGUGUAAUCAACCCUUUAAUAUACGCAGCGACCAAUAGACAAUAUAGAGCGGCGUACGGUAACCUUUUAAAGUUUUGCAAGACCAAUCCGGUUAUGCGAAGAACGACUUUAGGAAGCCGGACGGUCGGGCAUUCGUCUAAUUCACCGCAUUAUGUGGAGAAGAGGAACCCUACGAGGUUAUGAAUAAUAUAAAUCGUUUUUUGUGGCUUUUGGUAGAAUCUCAAUGUUUUAUGUUAAGUCUUUUAUAGUGACGCAAACCCAAUUAGUCAGUAGAAAAAGGCGGGAAAUUCUUAAAUACAGUUUGGCAAAAAAGAGUAGAAAUUAAAAGUGGCAACACUGUAGUGUCGUCCCGUUUUUCUUAGAUUGAUUUGAAAGGGACGACACUACAGCUUUUUAAUUAUUAUUAUUUUUUUGCCAGACUGUACUAUGGUAGAUUAAAACUUCGCGGGUUCUUUUUUCAAAUUUGCAGUCGUUUUUUACUGAGAAAUUGGUUUACUAUCUACGAAAUUGUAACAGAAGUUAGACUGUUAAUUACGUGUAAUGCAUUUAAGAAAUUCUAAUAGAGGGCCUCCGCAGCCAACAGGAUUCAGAUCUAAGGGCGUCCGCUCGUGGCUGCACGAGGCGGGUGAGCGGGUUAACCAAAAAUACUAUGAGCAACGCUAAUGACUCCUCUACACGAUGGCCCAGCGUAGGCCAGUCCCAGGAACGCAGCUAUGCGGUGGAAUGAGAUGGCAAUAUCACUUGCUCCCUCUAACGCAUAAAUGCGUCCCUUGGACUGGCCUACGCUGGGCCAUCGUGUAGAGGAGCCAUAACUGGUGCGACGGAUUUUACCU